CACAAAGUAACUCUCGAUCGCAAAGCUCGCGUAGCGGCGGGGAAGGCAGGAAAAUGCAUCAGAUCAAUGGUUGGAACGGUUGUUGUGACGAGUAAAGCUUCCCCCUUGCCCAAAAACCCUUGCACAAUGGCUUGUACUUGCGAGAUGGCUGUCACUAUCCCGCGUAUCCUUAUGCCCUUAGGCUCUGACUCCGAAGGAAAGCUUGAAGUUUCGCCGUGUAUUCCAAGGAAUAAGUGGCAAGACACAUUAGUACGGAUCCCACGUGGGCUAAGCUGCGAGCCAAAAGAUGUUGGAAAGAUCUUGGUCUCUGAAGUUGUCCCGAGAAAAUGGGAACUUCAGGUCAAGCGUAUCGAAGUCGCAAAUGAGAGGGAGACUUGCCUUCCACUUGUUCGCCCUGCCGAAGAGGAUAUGUGUAAGUGCAGCGAAAAGUCUCCUCUUCGCAGACCAAUUUGUCCAGCGCCGGUUUCAGUGAAUUCACUGAGGCAACCUUCAUCAAGCCAACAAUAUGAUGAUGGGCUCUGUCAGACCCAGCAGCAGUUCUUCGAAAACUCUGCGCUCAGUAUGAGUGACUGGACCGGGUUGCCAUAUGUACCUUAUGAGGCAUAUCCACCAGUAUGGCCGAUGGGGGAAUGUCCAGAGCUGUCACAGGCUGAAAUGGAAGCAUGUCGCAUGGUUUGGGAUUCUGAUGAUGCAGAUGGUCAGUCGACGGGGCAAAAUGGGCAUUCGGGGUCGGCUCAGCUGUCAUCUGCAGCUGGGCAAAAUGCACAUCAAUGGCAAGAGCCAUCAUCUGGACCAGGUGGACAACAGUGGGGAAACCGAGGCGGUACAAGUUCAGUAACACAGCCCUCAACAGAAGGACGUCAUCGUUUGACUGACGACGAAAUGGAGCAAUUGAAGCAGCAAACACACUGGCAAGACUCCUUAGGGACCGACAGAGACCCCUUCAAGGAGCAGUAUCUUUACGACUUCAUGUGAUGAAGGUCGGCUCACUAGACUGGCCUACGCGGCAUGCAUUGCCAUUCUUGCGACAAGCAGCCUUGACGCCUCAAUCAGAUUCUUUUUACCAACUCUUUAGUUUUGAUAUCCCAGUCGUAUUUUAUCCUUUAGAAC